AGGACAACAAAGUCACCAGCUUUAUCACAUUUCAGGAUUGACCCGUCGGCGUUUACCAUCCUCUCCCAUCGAUUUUGUCGGUGGAUUUGUUUUUCUCCGACCAAAUCGAGACAGCCCAGAGGGGAUUCAGCGGAAGAAAGAACGGAAAAAUUUCCAAUUUGACCACCAUGGAUCUCGAGCCUGAGGAGCUCCAGUUCCUGACGAUUCCUCAGGUGCUCGUGGAAUCGAUCUCUAUCACGAAACGAUCGCCCAAAACGUUCUAUUUUGUAACCCUAACCCUAAUCUUCCCUCUCUCCUUCGCCAUCUUAGCUCACUCGCUCUUCACCCACCCGAUCCUCGUGAAGCUCGACUCGGUCGACUCGUUCAACUCGGCUCGGGCCCGGCACGAUUGGACUGUCCUCUUGAUCUUCCAGUUCUGUUACCUGAUCUUCCUCUUCGUCUUCUCUCUCCUCUCCACCGCCGCCGUUGUCUUCACCGUUGCUUCGCUCUACACGGCCAAGCCCGUCUCCUUCUCUUCCGCCAUCUCCGCCAUUCCCAAGGUCUUCAAGCGUCUCUUCAUCACCUUUCUAUGGAUAGCUCUCUUGAUGCUAGCUUAUAACUCCGUGUUCUUCGUCUUCCUCGUUAUUCUUCUCGUCGCCAUUGAUAAGAACAAGCUGGGUUUGGCUGUUCUCGCUGGGUUGGUGAUCUCUGUCCUCUACUUCGGUGUUCAUGUCUAUAUCACAGCUCUCUGGCAUCUGGGCAGUGUUGUUUCCGUGCUCGAACCGAUUUAUGGCUACGCCGCCAUGAAAAAGGGUUACGAGCUUCUGAAGGGAAGAGCCCAGAUGGGGAUGAUUCUGGUUUUCGUGUACCUGAUACUCUGCACGUUAAUCGGGGGCGUUUUCAGAUCCGUGGUGGUUUAUGGAGGUGAAAAGCAUGGAAUCUGGGCAAGAAUCGUGAUCGGUGGGUUGCUGGUCGGUGUUCUUGUGAUUGUGAAUCUGGUGGCGUUGCUGAUACAGAGUGUGUUCUACUAUGUCUGCAAGAGUUAUCACCAUGAAUCGAUCGACAAAACCGCUUUGUACGACCACCUCGGAGGUUAUCUUGGAGAGUACUUGCCUCUCAAGAGCAACAUCCAGAUGGAGGAUUUGAAUGCCUGAAUGGUGACAAACCCUGUUACAGAACAGGGUCGAGGAAGAAGAGGAAGCGAAGUUAUGUCUGAGUAAUCUUGUUCUGUAACUAGUAAUGGUGUAAAGGUGGAAGCUUUGUGUACUUGUUGUUGGCUGUAUGUAUAUCCCACAAAUGAAGCAGCUUUCUCUGAGUUCUUGAUCUUGUAAGUGCGUUGGUUCUACCGAUAUGGUGAAGCUUCGGCUUGUAAGGAGAGGGAAGGGAAUACAGAACAGAAUCUUUGUCAUU